CGCGCUCAUGUUUAUGUGCUUUGUCAGCUGUGUGUGUCUUGCGCAAACUCCGGACUUCGAACAGAAGCUCGAGCGUUAUCUUUCUUAUCAGUACGUUUCGCUCUCCUGACCAACCCAUUUCGGACCUUGAUCAGAUUUAUCUCGGUCAACACUUUCUUAAUUUUGCCCCCUCCCCCCUUUUGAAACAUGACAUUAAAUUCCAAUAAAAACGAACCCGCUGUCACUCUGGAGCGUGUGAACAGCGCGCGCACGGCUCUCUCCGAUCUCUAUCUGGAACAGCUGCUGCAGAAUAAACCCAAGUCAGAAAAGGCAGCCAUGCAGACGAUUGACAGCAAAGGACAGGAGAUCUACACCAACGGCAGCGCCAGCCACGUCAAUGGCAAAGAUGUUCCCAAGAUGCGAGAGGUGGCCUUUGAGAAAAAUUCCUCUGAACCACUGGGUGUAACGCUUAAAUUAAAUGAAAAACAGAGAUGUACAGUGGCGAGAAUUUUACAUGGAGGCAUGAUACACAAACAAGGUUCUUUGCAUGAAGGAGAUGAAAUCGCAGAGAUCAACGGGGAAAGUGUGGCUAAUCAAAGUGUAGAUCAGUUGCAGAAGAUUCUGAAAGACACAAAUGGUGUUGUUACAUUAAAAAUCAUUGCUAAUCAGCAAGGUCGCUCUAUGCCCUGCGAGAUGUACAUGAGAGCACAGUUUGACUACGACCCUGUCAAAGACGACCUCAUCCCAUGCAAAGAAGCCGGCCUGAAAUUUCAAACAGGUGACAUCAUUCAAAUUAUCAAUAAGAAGGAUCCAAACUGGUGGCAAGGAAGGGUGGACAGCUCCUCUACGGACUUUGCAGGAAUCAUACCUUCUCCAGAACUUCAGGAAUGGCGAGUAGCAAGCAAGAGUAAAGCAAAACGGGAAGCCGGUCAGUCCUGCAGUCCAUUUGGCAAGAAGAAGAAAUGCAAAGACAAGUACCUCGCCAAACACAGCUCAAUAUUUGACCAGCUUGAUGUCAUAUCCUAUGAAGAGGUCGUCAGACUUCCUGCUUUCAAUAGAAAAACUUUGGUUCUCAUUGGUGCACCUGGAGUUGGAAGGAGCCACAUUAAAAAUUCCCUGCUGAGCAAAUAUCCUGAGAAGUUUGCCUACCCUGCUCCACACACCACCAGACCGCCAAAGAAGGACGAGGAAAACGGCAAAGAAUAUUACUUCAUUUCAAAUGACGAAAUGACCAAAUCUAUUGUUGGAAAUGAACUGCUUGAAUACGGCAGUCACCAAGGACACAUGUUUGGAACCAAAAUCGAAACUCUCCACAAGAUUCAUGAGCAGGGGAAAAUCGCUGUGCUGGAUGUAGAACCUCAGACUCUGAAAGUGCUCAGAACGGCAGAGUUUGCUCCUCUCAUGGUGUUCAUUGCUCCUACCAACACCGCCAAUCAGUCCGAGGCAGUGCAGGCCAUCCAGAAGGAAUCAGACAACAUUUCAAGCACAUACCGUCACUUCUUUGAUGUAAUGCUUGUGAACAAUGAUGUAGAUGAGAGCGUUAAAGGCGUGGAGGAGGCCAUGGAGAGAGCCUCCUCAACCCCACAGUGGGUACCAGUCUCCUGGGUGUAUUGAAAGAUCCAAUCCCUUUCUCCCAUACGAGGAAACCGGGCACGUGCGGUGCCAUGGAUAACACGGUUAUCAAGAAGUUUGCACAUCAUUAAGUGUUUAACAGAAUGUUUUAAAAAAGCAAUAGGUUUAUUCUUUGUGUUUAUUAUGUGAAUGAACCCUUAAGCGUUUCGAGCGCUGUAACUAUGCCAGUAUAAUGCAUCAAGCGAUGACGUUGUUAGCGAUGCAAGGACCUCUACUGUGAUUUUAAAAUGCCACUCGGUUUAUUAAGGUCUGUUGGUUUUAAGUGAUCUUCCCUGGAGUUUCAGUGUGGUUUUGUACCAUGUGCUAUGGUGUUGUUCUUAAAUAUCAUUACAUAAAAAACAUGUCAAGCGCACAGGGAAAUCAUUUUAACCAGUAUAUAAAAGAAGGUUUUGUCUCAUAAUGAUAUAUUACCUCAAGUCGUAAUGUUAAGGCACUUUUAAAAGAACUGAAUAAACUCUCUACACUCCAA